AGUGGUGGUGGUGGGUAGUUUAUUUUGUCUUAAUUAAUAAUGAUAAUAUUAAAAUUAAGAGAGAGAGAGAGAGAGAGGAAAUGAUUAUUAAAAGUGUGUUAGAUGGGUAGUCACAGGGUGCACAACCAAGAAACCAGAGUUGGAGUUGAAGGUUGUUUUGUUUUGGUGGGUAGAGAGAGAGAGAGUUUCAUGAGAGGAGACAUGCCCAAGUUCUUCCCAACACUAGCGUAUUUUGCUGCUUCUUCUCUCAACUGAUCCCAAAGCUAAACCAAAGUGAGGGGUACAGAACUCUUGGCUGUUAAGGACUGUGAAUUUCUGCAUGAAAAUAUAGGACAGCUGUUGAACUAUAUGGCUAUUCGAAUUCAAGACUUGACUAAGAAAAGCUUUGAUCACAGUUCUGGUCUUUCUGUGGCCCAUUUCUCUGUUGGUUGCCCAUCAUGGUGGAAUUCAAGGGAACAUCAAGUUUCACAGACCUUAUCCAAGAAUAGUAGUCUGAAAGUGGAAUCUCCACCCCAUCUUUUUCAUGAUGGAAAGUAUUUAGGUCUUCAACUAGCGGACCAGGAAUCAUCCUCAGCUCAAUCAAUUGGUCAAUCUCACCGUGAUGUGAGUGCUGUAGGAGGGACAAAUUCUCAAGAUCAAUGCAUUUCAUCAGAAUCUGGUCAAGAUGAAAGUUGCGGAAAGGGUGUUGAAGGUCAAAUGAAACCUCUGUUUUUGUUGAGCAAUUCUGAAAUUGUGUUCAACCCAGCUCAUGCUGAUUAUAACCAAUCAAUGGCUCAUUCUCUAUAUCCUUAUGGUGAUCGUUACUUUGGUGGCUUAUAUACUCCGUAUGGACCGCAAGCUCUUAUCCAGCCUCAUACAGGCUCCCAGAUGAUAGGGAUAGCAUCCACACGAGUCCCACUGCCCCUUGAUCCUGCAGAAGAUAGGCCUAUUUAUGUCAAUCCAAAACAGUACCAUGGCAUACUGAGAAGAAGACAGUCACGUGCAAAGCUUGAGGCCCAGAACAAACUUGUCAAGGCUCGAAAGCCAUAUCUCCACGAGUCAAGGCAUCUUCAUGCUGUAAACAGGGUUCGGGGAUCUGGCGGACGAUUUCUCAGCUCUAAAAAGCUCCAACAGCCUGAUCCAAAUAGUGCCAGUGGCAUUUCAGACUCUAACCACUUCCAAAAAAAGAUCAGUACAUCAGAAUUUGAGACUCACUCGCAAACCAUGGAAUAUGUUCCUUCAGCAACCUCAUGCUCAGAUAUUACCAGUGUAUCCAACAGUGAUGUUGUUUUGCGGCAGGCUGAUCGCGGGUUUGCUGGCUUCUCUGCCCACAUGGGUAGUGCCAUCCAAAAUCGCAGUAGACUUGUGUGCAGUGGAAUGCAGCACUGUGCCUCAGUUGUUCGGUGAGAUCACAGCACCGGGCAGGCAAUUCAUCCUUGGCUUUUCUAAUCUAGUUACUAUGUUCAGAAAAUACUCUUCCUACUGCUUCUACAUUUGUUGUAGGGAAGUUUAUGCGGUUGUGAAGAGAGUUUGUGUUGAAUGAUAAUAUUUCAAAAUUACCAUAUCUGCAUGUGUGAAGACUGGUAGCUCGGCUAUUUACCUUACUGACGUACGUAUAUAUAUGUUUUUACCAAUAAUUUAGAUUAUACCA